GCGGAAGCGGCUGUUGUCAGAGUGCGAAAACCCCUGUGUUCGUGCCAUCAGCGGCCGGUUGUGGCCCAGCUGCAGAGUCCAUCCGAUUGUACCGGGCGCUGCCGCUGCUACCAGAUGGGCUCCACGGGUCGUAAGGACAGCGGGCGGGAAUAGCUUGACCUGCCGUUGACAGUGUUUCAGAAGGAAAAGAAACAGACGAUUCAGACAAACCUGAUAGCAACCAGGUCAAAGCCAUGGAUCUAAAAUUUAACAGCUCGAGGAAGUACAUUUCCAUCAGUAUACCCUCGAAAUCCGAAUCCAUGUCGCCACAUAUCAAGUCUGUAGAGGACAUUCGGGUGCUUGGGAUCAACCUCAGCCAGUUCCAGAAACCUGUGCAAUUCUUUAUAUGUGUUACUGGUGUUUUUGUCUUCUAUUUAAUAUAUGGAUAUUUACAGGAACUUAUAUUUUCUGUGGAGGGGUUUAAACCUUUCGGCUGGUACUUGACUUUAGUGCAAUUUGGAUUUUAUUCCAUGUUUGGACUGGUAGAACUACAGCUAACGCAGGAUAAAAGACGAAGAAUACCUGCAAAAACCUACAUGAUCAUUGCUUUUCUCACAGUGGCCACAAUGGGUCUAUCGAACACCUCAUUGGGAUAUCUCAAUUAUCCUACUCAGGUUAUUUUCAAGUGCUGUAAACUGAUCCCUGUCAUGAUUGGAGGCGUCUUUAUUCAAGGUAAACGGUAUAAUGCCGCGGAUGUGUCUGCAGCUGUCUGUAUGAGCUUUGGUCUUAUAUGGUUUACACUGGCCGAUAGCACAGUUGCUCCAAACUUCAAUGUCACUGGUGUGAUCCUAAUAUCAUUGGCUUUGUGUGCUGAUGCUGUCAUAGGGAAUGUUCAAGAAAAGGCUAUGAAGUUGCACAAUGGAUCAAACUCCGAAAUGGUUCUGUAUUCCUAUUCAAUAGGAUUUGUUUACAUUUUAUUCGGCUUGGCAGCUACCAGCGGUCUAAGUCCAGCCAUGGCAUUCUGUUCAAAGCAUCUAUUUCAGACAUACGGAUAUGCAUUCCUCUUCUCCUUGACUGGAUACUUUGGGAUCUCUUUUGUACUUGCUUUGAUUAAAUUGUUUGGUGCCCUACUCGCUGUAACAGUAACAACUGGGAGAAAAGCAAUGACAAUUGUACUUUCCUUCUUGUUUUUUGCAAAGCCCUUCACCUUUCAGUAUAUCUGGUCUGGACUGUUAGUCGUACUAGGCAUAUUUUUAAAUGUUUACAGCAAGAAUAUGGAUACAAUGAAAGUAUCCCAACUUUACAGCCUUUUGAAGAAGAGAGGCACAGAAGGAAAAAUAAGGACGUUCUCUCAGACUGUAUAAAUACCUUUUUUAUUUUUCUAAGUUUUAUUUUUAUUUUAUUACCACAAUCAUUAAAUGAUUAUAUUUUUCCAAAGGGAAUAUGGAGGAACUGAGGAUAAGGUUAAGGCAUAUUGCCUGCUUGCUCCUGCCAAGGAGAGUUAGAUAAUAUUACAGCACAGGAGCUGUUUCCACUAUUUGGGUGAGGUGUCAUAUGACCUCCUUUAAUGGCGUUCACUACCUGAGCAACCUCGCUGUCAGGAGCGCACAUACAGGACCAUGGCAUUUUCUGAUUGUUUUAAUACUACAAAAGGACUCUUCAUCAGUGUUUAUUAAGACCAAAUUGUCAUUAUGUUUAGAAUAUGUAACUGUGAGUUAAAAUGUAAAUCACAUCUUUCUUUUUAGGUAAAUCAGUCAGGUAAUGGACAUUCCAAAAAAAAAAUCUGGUUUUGAGCAUGGGUCUUUUUACAAAUAAUAAAAAACCUAUUAAUGAUUUAAAGCUG